GCGCUCCCAGCCCUGGACUCAGAUGGUCAGGACACUGUGAGGAAGCCUGAACCAUCGGGUCUCUUCUGGACCCGCUGGUGGGUGGGCUUCUGGGCGCCCAUCUCCCAGUGCUGAGCCAGGAAUAGCGAGAGCGCCGGGCUUAAAUAAGGAGACAAAACAGGAGGGAGAUGCGCAUAAUCAACUAAAAUACCAAAGGGUCGAAGCUCCCUUAAGAGGAAGGAUGACGAUCGAGACAAGAUGUUUAUGAUUCAUAUCAAAAAGAUAGAAAGGCCACCACAGGCUGCGUGGUUUUUCGGUUCAACCUUGCAGACUGAAGAUCGAAAAUGGGUGACUGGAGCUUCUUGGGAAACAUUUUAGAAGAAGUAAAUGAACAUUCCACUGUGAUAGGAAGGGUAUGGCUAACCGUGCUCUUCAUUUUUCGGAUUUUAAUCCUUGGCACGGCAGCUGAAUUCGUGUGGGGAGACGAACAGUCGGAUUUCGUUUGCAACACCCAGCAGCCCGGUUGCGAGAAUGUCUGCUACGACGAAGCCUUCCCCCUCUCCCACAUCAGACUCUGGGUCCUCCAGAUCAUCUUCGUCUCCACGCCCUCGCUGGUGUACGUGGGCCACGCCGUGCACCACGUCCGGAUGGAAGAGAAGAGGAAGGAGAGGGAGGAGGCGGAGAUGAACGAGGAGAGGCUGCCUCUCGCUCCUGACCAAGGCAGCGUGAGGACCACCAAGGAGACCAGCACCAAAGGCAGCAAGAAGUUCCGCCUGGAGGGCACCCUGCUGAGGACCUACAUCUGCCACAUCAUCUUCAAAACCAUCUUCGAGGUGGGCUUUGUGGUGGGCCAGUACUUCCUCUACGGCUUCCGCAUCCUCCCUCUGUACCAGUGCAAGCGAUGGCCCUGCCCCAACACAGUCGACUGCUUUGUUUCCCGGCCCACCGAAAAGACCAUCUUCAUCCUCUUCAUGUUGGCGGUGGCCUCCGUCUCGCUCUUUCUCAACAUUGUGGAGCUCAGUCAUCUGGGCCUGAAGAAGAUCCGCUUCGCCUUCAGGAAGCCUCCCCAGCUGCAGGGGGACCUGGGUGCCGAGAAACCCUUGCACUCCGUCACCGUCUCCUCUAUCCAGAAAGCCAAGGGGUACAAGCUGCUGGAGGAAGAGAAACCAGUCUCCCACUUCUACCCCCUCACAGAAGUGGGGGUAGAAGCCAGAUGCCUCCCCACGCCUUUUGAAACUUUCGAAGAGAAGGUCAACGACGUGGGCCCAUUGGAAGACAUCUCAAAGGUCUACGAUGAGACUUUACCCUCGUACGGUCAGACUACAGAGCCAGAGGAGGAAGUUCUAGAGGAGGCGCCUGCAGAAGCCACUGAGACAAUAGAAGACACCCGACCCCUGAGCAGACUGAGUAAAGCAAGCAGCAGGGCCAGGUCAGAUGAUUUAACAGUAUGAGCCUGACAAUGCAGCAGGCAGAGAAAAUUGAUAGUACGUUUAUUGUAAAACAGAUCUCAAUUUACCAAAAUGAAUUCAAGCACCAGCUAGGUCCAAUAUUUUCCAAGAACACAAAAUCAGUCUCGUUUAAAAAAAAGGGGAAAAGCGCAAGCUCAUAAGAAAACUUGAAUCCUUUUUAAUAAGAUUACUUCAGUAGCAUUUUUUGGGUAACACUUUCAUUGACAAGAAUACAAUUGGGUCAGCUAAAAUGUCAGGACAGCGGUAGAGUAUAAGACCCAAACAGUUUUUAAUUUAAGAGCUAAUGUGCUGUUUUUAAAAUUGCCUCCUUUUCUAUCAGAAGAUUUUUUUAAAAAAAAAUCACAGAUGUCUGAUGUUUACAUUUUGAGUCUGUUGUGAGUAAAAUGUGUUUACAGAAUACUGAAGAUGAAAAAGCAGGGGAUUACUGUUUCACAGUCAAAACAACUAGUGCUUAUGUCUCAUGGAUUUCUAACUCCACCUUUACAUUUAUUGAACAGUUUACAACUGAAUAAAUUAAAUUGAGUACUCCUUCUGUACUACUGUAAAUAGGAGAAGAUCAUUCCAUAUUACACAUUUCCAUUAUUAAAUUAUGGAAACUAAAAUUACAAUAGUAUGCUUUGGUCAUAGUUUAUAAGAAUACAAGAGUUAAGUGACCAACACACACACAUUAUAUAAAUAUUAGAUAAAUAUGUGUGUCUAUUUAUAUAAUAUUAUCUAUCUUUCCACUCGGAAUAGACCUUUUCUCAUUUAUAUUGCUAACUAUUAGAGCUGGAAACAACUGCCGGCUGAAUCUAUUUUUUUCUCCCUGCACAAACACCAUGUAAUUCUGACAAAAAUCUGCUUAAUCAGCACAAAACACUGAAAAGCCAGACUCCAUAAAAAAGACCUCAUCACAGAAAACACCUUUCCCUACGGUAAAAAAAUAUUUUAAAAUGCUUUUAACGGUUUGUUCAACCUAUUUGUAUUCUUUUAACUUAAUGCACUUCCACUUCUUAAAAGAUAUAUAACUGGAGAUGAAUCUGCUCGGCCAAAACAUGUCAUAUCAAAGACUCCUGCUAUCUGUGACUUAAUACAUGCUUCCAAGUGUUUUCAACUGGAUAAUUUUAGGAAAUGAGAACGCCACCAGAAUGGACACCUGAUAUUUAAUUUCUAAAAUGUUUUUUAAAGGAAAGGGGCAAAAUAUCUUCCUGUACCUCACAGCUCUUUUACUAAGGUGAACUGACCGAGUGAUACAUUAGACACAACACAUUUUUCAUUUUUCAAGAAUGCUUUUCAUACACUGCAAAUUCCAACUGUGUUGCUAAGGUGUGCAUGGAGACUCUGAUGGGAUUGUCUCUCCUUUUCCUCAUCACCUUAACUUUCAUCUCCAAAUGUCCCUGUGUAGAAAUAUUAAAUAAAGCAGCUGCACUUAUUUUCCAGAAUACCCCCAUAACAUAGCAAUUGCAACAGCGGGCUACCAUAGACCACUCUAAUACAAUCCAUACUUAUUCAUUUAAAGAAAUAUGAGAUAAAACAACACAUUCACCAUGUCCAAAUGCCUGAAAUACAUUUGAAAUACAUAGUGCCUAUUUUUUAAUGAAAAAACAUUGUAUAAUGGAAGGAAACCUUUACUAAGAGAGGAAAAAUGCAAAAUAUGUUACAAUGUUAUAUUGCUGCUUUUUUCAAAUGUUUCUUAAAACGCUUUGAAAAUGAUUUUCCUAAAUGUUUCCCUAGACAGUGUGACCAUCACAAAUCACAGAUUUCUCUGGGAGAAUUAAAGUUCUGUGUACUUAUUUUUUACAGUUGAGCAAAGAGAAAAACAGACGGUAUCUGGAAAGUGGUGACAAACAGUAAAUGUAAUUGUGUUAUAUAUGCUUACUAAAAUGUCUUCCUGAGUUAAUGCAGUGGACUGCUCAGAGAGGCAUACCCCAUAAAAAGUCAUGAACAUUUCAAGUGCAGCAGAAAAGCAACACUGUCAUUUGUGUCUGCUGUCUUCAGCUGAUCUCAGAGCCAUAACUAAACCAGGAAAAGAGGCUAGCUUCCUGAUUAACCAAGACCUGAGUCAUUUCAAAUAGAGAAGUAAGCUUGCAUAAAUGGUCGAUUGUGUGUUCAACAGCUGUACUAAAUUGUGUGCCAUGACCAAUUUUAAUGUUAAUUUUGAUAUUACUGCUAACACAAAGCAAAACAAAACACCCCUGUCAGUCAGCAUGGCCAAGGGUCCUCAGAUAUGUAUCAUUUCAUUCUGUCUAUAUAGGAAAAUGUUAUUUAUUUAAGAAAAUAUCUGCAUUAUUAUUUAUUGUUAAAUCACUGAUGCCUUGCCUUCAGCGCUCAUUUGCUAUUGGGGAAUAUUUAUGUUGUCUGUAGGAAAUAUUGGGAUAAACUGUUGUCUAGUCUACAGUACAGCACUUGGUAGAGCCCAGAGCUGAAACGUCUAAAAAGUAGCUGACUUGUACAUUUAAAGGGAGAACAAGAGCACUUCUUCAACUGUGAACUCCAUUGGGUUUGUAGUUGAAAAGAAGGAAGCAAUAUCAACAGCUCACUGUUAAUCACAUGGUACAGACAUGAGUAGCAAAUUAUUUUGCAACAGCUCUUCUCAGGGUAUGGACACCCAGCAGUAUAAGGGUUGCAGAACAAGUAAUGGCAGUGAUCCGUAGUACAGAGCAGACUGAGAGAACUGCAGACUGCCUCAACACAGCCCAGUCAAAGAAUGUGCCAGUGAAAACCUCUACUAAUUCAGUGACCUCUGUCAGUCUUGAAUCUUAACAUUUGUAAAAUCCAGGAAUCCUGCAAGUGACAGCUUGGGUAGAAGGGUAAGAGAUUAUACUUGGUUGAUCUUUUUAGCUAUAUUUAUGAUUUAUCUAACUUUUUUAAAGGCAUCAUGUGACAAGAGAAUGGCAUAAGAAUUGUACUAUGAAAGGCAUUUCGAUAUCAAGCCUCAUGAAACCCACACUAAAAGUUGUUAGACUCUUUAGAACACUUUUUUUAAUCAGACCAAAACUGAUUUUUACUAACCUGUAGCCCUCUUUGAUCAUAGUUGUGUGCAAGUAUCUUCCUUUGAAAAACUGUGAAUGCAGCCAAUAAAGGUAAUAAAGAUUAUACAAAAUAAA